CAGCCGUCUAUAGGGGCAUAAAAAAAUUAAGACUGUUAUUCCUGAUUAAAUUAAACUCCGAACGCGCGGUGUACGUUCCAUUUUAUGGUCGUACGCCUCCCGAAAGCCUGUAAAAUCCUAAUAAUGCCGCGUGUAACUCGCGGGAUUAUAUGUAUACACAUACACAUACCGCAUCGACGACGCUUCGCGUGUCGCGUUUGUUUUACAGGCUAUCGGCUGUAUCGCGUCGAACUUUCCUAAUUCUGCGUCGAUAUAUUUUCAAUCGUUUCGCAAGUCACGGAUUACGUUCCAAUCCUGCGUGGGCAAAAGGGGUUUUUUGUUUUCAGGCGGGAACAGAUGUAACCCGAUUCGUUCCGUCUCUCAUACUUUGCCGUCGGGAGUGAGAAAAUUCGAGUUUCAUCGCCGCUGAUGAAUUUCGGUGAGACGAUUCUAGAGAACGUCAUGUUUCGCAAACACUCCGAGUAUCCCGGGUGAUGAAAACACCAAAAUUUCACACCCUAACGGUAUCCCCUUUCGACCGGUUCGGAUACCCGAGAGAAGGACGCGCCGCCCGUUCCCCCGGGGUCCCAUGCAAACCCCUGAAAAAUAAAUAAACUCAGACACAAGGUACACUUUCAGGAAAUCCAGCUUUAAGAGGAGAACCGGUGUGAAGUACGAAACGCCAAAUUUGCGGUGAAGGUGUUCGGUUGACGGUGCGAAAAAAUCGUGCCCCUCGAACGAUGAAAGAAAAAAUCAAAAUCAAAAAUAAAAAAAAAAAAACAGAAUCGUCGAAGGUCAGACGCCGAGGUCAAACAAAAUAGCGCAGGGUCGAAAUUCGAGCCCGAGAGAACGUUACGGAGCGGAGCGUGGAGAAAACCUGAUCGAGACUUCGGGGUGGUUUGCACGUCGCGAGCGUCGUCUGAGUCGUCGGUGUGGACGCGCUUGCGCCUUGGGGUGACGGUCGUCGCGCCGGAGGAUGCCCAGCGUCGACGUCGGGGCGCCGGGGCGUCGAGGUGACGGAGGCGAGGUCCGAUCACCUGAACCGAGGCAGUACGCGAACGAACGCGACCAGGGUUCCGUCCGUGGAAAUUCGUGAUGGACCGAUUAAAACGCGAUUUUCCGGGUAGCGACCCCAGGUAGCUGCAGGACUCGUCUCGCAGGGGUGACAGAGUCUCUCGAUUUCGCGUCCCGUUCUCUUCGUCUCCGCAUUAUUCCCUCCCCCGAUUCCGGACCGGCGGGGUCUUGUCGCAGCUGAAGGAAAAACCGAAACAAAUCUGCAGACCGAAGAUAAUCGAGCGAAUAAAUCGUCGUUAAAAUGCCAGGUAAUUAUUCGGUCCGGUGCGAACCGGGGUUGGUGUUCCCGAUCUGGUCGCCGCAGGAGAACUUGGAACUGACCGACCUGAUAAUAAGAGGCCUGGUCUACUUCUUCCUUCUGCUCUACCUCUUCAUCGGCGUGUCGAUAAUAAGCGAUCGGUUCAUGGCCGCGAUCGAAGUCAUCACUUCCAAGGAGAAGGAACUGGUCGUGCGGCGACACGGCCGAGAACCCCAGAUAGUGGUGGUGCGAGUUUGGAACGAGACCGUGGCGAACCUUACCCUGAUGGCACUGGGGAGUAGCGCGCCGGAGAUCCUCCUGUCGAUCAUUGAAAUAUGGGCGAAGAAUUUCCAGGCGGGAGAACUCGGUCCCGGAACAAUCGUCGGCUCGGCGGCCUACAAUCUGUUCGUGAUCAUAGCGCUCUGCGUCUUCGUCAUACCCGACGGCGAGACCAGAAAGAUAAAGCACCUGAGGGUGUUCUUCGUCACGGCGACGUGGAGCAUAUUCGCCUACGUCUGGCUCUACGUGAUACUCGCGGUGUCCAGUCCCGGCGUCCUCGAGGUCUGGGAGGGCAUACUGACCUUCUCCUUUUUCCCGGCCACCGUAUUGACGGCCUACGUCGCCGACAGGCGUCUGCUAAUCUACAAAUACCUGCACAAGGGCUACCGGAUGAACAAACGCGGCGUGAUCGUUCAGGGCGAAGCGGGGGACUCCGAGGGGGGCGUGGAGCUCGAGAUAAAGACGCAAAUCGACGGGGUGAGCUGCGACCACCUCGACGGGGAUUCACCCGAGGCGAGGGAGUUCGAGCAAACGCGUAAGGACUACAUACAAACUCUGCGCGAACUUCGCAAACGACAUCCGACCCUGUCGCUGGAACAGCUCGAGGUCAUGGCGCACGAGGAGGUCCUCGGUAAGGGACCGAAGAGCCGGGCCUUCUACCGGGUCCAAGCGACCAGGAAAAUGGUGGGUGCCGGUAAUCUGAGUAGAAAGAUAAGCGAGCGAGCCCAGAGCGAUCUCAGCGAAGUCAAGGCGGAGUUGCAGCGCGCCGAGGCCGAGAGCGUCGACAUCGAGACGGUGAACGCGAUGCGCGUCUUCUUCGAACCUGGCCAUUACACGGUCAUGGAGAACGUCGGUACCUUCGACGUAGGCGUGACCAGGGUCGGCGGUGACCUCAGCAAGGCGUGCAACGUCGAUUAUUGCACCGAGGACGGAUCCGCGGAGGCCGGGUCCGACUACAUAAGCGCGAGGGGCACCUUGACUUUCGCACCCGGCGAGACCAGGAAGACCAUACAACUUUCGGUCAUCGACGACGAACUCUUCGAGGAGGACGAACACUUCUACAUCAGGUUGAGCAAUUGCACCCAGCCGGCGAUGUUGGUUUCCCCGAGUCUGGCGACGGUGAUGAUCCUGGACGACGACCACAGCGGAAUUUUCGGUUUCCCGGAGCGCGACGUUGAACUCGUGGAAAGCGUCGGCCAAUAUUCUCUGAGGGUUGUCCGCUACAGCGGAGCGAGGGGUCGCGUCGUCGUCCCUUACCACACCGAGGAGGGCACGGCCAAGCCAGGAAAACAGUAUCUGAACGUAGAGGGCACCCUGACCUUCGAGGACAACCAGACGGAGAAGGCCAUAAUUUUGACGAUAAUCGAGGAGGAUUCUUACGAGAAAGAUGCACUGUUUUACGUCGAACUUGGAGAACCGCAGCUGCAAGGAGCGGAAGCAGGAAUGGCGGCGAUAGCGGAACAGAAGCAACCGGAAGAGCGAACGGAGGAAGAAAAAAUGGCGUUACUGGGGCGUCCCCGGCUCGGCGAGGUGUCGAGGGCUCAGGUGCGGAUAAAGGAAUCGAAAGAGUUCAAAAACACGGUCGACAAACUCGUCCAGAGAGCCAACGCCUCGAUUCUACUCGGUACCAGUUCGUGGAAGGAGCAAUUCACGGAAGCUUUGACCGUCAGCGGCGAUGGUGCGGGCGACGAACAGGACGGCGAGGGCGGAGGUAGCCAACCAACAUCACCGAGCACCAUGGACUACUUCAUGCACUGGCUUACCAUGUUCUGGAAACUUCUCUUCGCCUUCGUUCCACCGACAGAUAUCGCCGGGGGUUAUUUGUGCUUCGUCAUUAGCAUAGUCGGCAUCGGUGUCGUCACGGCGAUAAUCGGAGACGUCGCCUCGUACUUCGGAUGCACUUUGGGCAUCAAAGACUCGGUGACGGCCGUCGUCUUCGUCGCCCUUGGCACCAGCAUUCCCGACACUUUCGCGAGUAAAGUGGCCGCCUGCCAGGACAAAUACGCAGACGCCAGCGUGGGAAAUGUAACCGGCAGCAACGCGGUGAACGUAUUCCUCGGAAUCGGAAUUGCCUGGAGUAUCGCAGCCAUCUACCACGCGUGUCACGGGCGAAAUUUCGAAGUCUCGCCCGGCAACCUAGCCUUCUCCGUGACCCUUUUCUGCACGGAGGCGUGUUUCGUAAUCAUCGUUCUGAUGCUGAGGAGAGCAAAGAGCAUCGGUGGUGAACUCGGAGGACCGUUGGUGCCAAAAUAUUUAACUUCAGCGUUCCUCUUUUCCUUGUGGAUUUUUUACCUCGUGAUGUCGACCCUCGAGGCCUACGGCGUGAUCGCGGGCUUCUAAGCCGUCGACCAACGCUCACUUUGGCGUGGCAGUUACCACCCUAAAAAGGGAAAGCGGCGAAAGCAACGCUCAAGAAAAAAAGAAAAAAUAUCCGAAGUUGUCCAAAGGACACAUUGUUAAUAAAUAAUAAAAAUACAGAAGAAGACAUCAGUGAUCGAAUAUCACAUAUUACCGAACGCGUUGACAUCGAAUGAACUUUUUAAUCAAAUUUUAAUGCACAUAUUCGCGCAUGGGAUUUUACGAUGCUCGCGUGUUAUGAGAUUGCUGCAGUGUUUCAUACAUGUAUGUAUAUGUGGUUGAAAAAAAAAAAAAAAAAAAAAAAAAAAAAAAAAAAAAAAAAAAAAAAAAGCACGCAAGAAGAAGAAGAAAAAAAAACAAGUGAAAGUGAAACAGUAGCAAACAUGACUUGCCUUACAAUUUCUAAUCAGAAUUCACCGUAUCCAGAUCGAUCGGUGUGAAGAAAAUAAAAAACUAAUAUAUUUAUUUUAUCGAUUAAGGAAUUACAUACUAGGUUUGUAUCGUGUAUUUUAGUAGCGAAUCAUAAAUUGCGCAGUUCAUUUCGUUUCGACAUAUAAAUAUAUUUAUCACACGUUAUCGCGCCGGCCCUUUCGUAUCUCUAAUGACGCGGGACUUUUUCUGUUUCUCUUUCUUUUCGAGCAUGUUUCAUACCUGCACUCAUUCAUCGUACACACAAAUUAUUUAUCCAUAGUUUUAUUUUGAAAAUCAACCGUUAUGAGAAUUCUCUAUUUCAUCCCGUGACUGUGAAUAUAGAAAAACGAGUAAGAAACAAAUCGGAGAAACAUAAAAUACCGGAUACUAACUGCGCCUAAGCGAGACAAAGUUCGUAAGAAUGUUAAAUCCUGAAUUAAAGAAAUAACACGAUAACUAAAGAUAAUUAUAAUAAAAACGAUAAUAAUCAUGAUAAUCAUGAUGACGAUGAUAAAAAUAACUUGUGUGGAAUGACGUACUACUGACGAGUAUCUGGAGAACGUCUCAAAAAAUGAGGGGAAAGAGAUAAAGAAAAAACGAAAUGUCUCGCGAAAAAUGAAGGUCUUCUAAAAAGUUUCCCGGGUCGUGAGGAUAACCAUGGAAUGAAUCGCCAUCAAGUAGGAUCGGCAACGAUAACUCACCCGAUCUUUUGUGCGGUCGGAAAAUUGGGAGGAAGUUUUUCAACUUUCUACGUGAUUCGAAUUAGUUUCGAACCGAUCAUGAGCCGAAGUUCCGAACUCGGCGUACAACGCUAGGCGAGAACAAAGCUGAUGAAUAAAAAGUACAGGAAUAAAAUAUGAAAAACUGAAAACCGUGUCAUCGUUAUUCUAGUUGUUAUCGUCGUUGUUGUUUCGGUUGUUACAAUUUUUCGAUGUUGUUGUUACCACAGUUAUUGUUAUCGCUGAUUGUGAGUGAGCCAUUUACUCAACAAACUGCAGUUACACAUCGGCGAACGCACAGUAGAAAAAUGCACGUUGGAUUAUAUCUUAUCGACCUCUGACGACUAUUCGGCGACGCCAAAAACUUGUUCUCGCACGAUCUACGGUGAUCUUCACAUCGGAUAACCCGACAUUAAUUUUUCAAAUUACAGCAUCGACGAUAGAAAACGAAGCGUAGUGGUAGUUGGAAACUCUCUUCUAAGAAUCAUCACUGAAAUCCACACCGAAAACCAAUCCAAUCGAUACUCUCACUCCAUAUUAAAGGAAAAACAUAUCAACCGAAUUUAACGUAACGAUAUUUUCAAAAAUUUUCCGGCGCACCAUUUCCUCAUUACGAAACGGACCAAACCGUCCGUUGUUCAAGUUCGAUUAAAUUUCCCUAAAGAUUUAGCAACCGUAAGAUUUCACCCCAGAUUACAGAUCGGCCAGGUAGCUAGAAUAAAAAGUCUGAUACUAGUCAGACUAGAAACAAAGGAUAUUACCUGGUAAUUGUCUCGGAGGACGAGCCCUACGUGACAAAAAGGAAGAAGAAACAGGCCCGCAUCGGGUUUGCGCGGAGAUAAGGGAAAAAAAAACUAAAUGGUAUCGGUACCGGUUAUGCGAUUCGGACAAUAUUCGAUCGAACGGAUACGAGAUUUCUGUUCGUUGUUCCGUCCCGGGUAUUGAGAGGGCGAAGGUAAAUUCUGAAGCGUAUCAAAUCCUGUUUCGGAGUUCCGAUUGGGUGACAUUAUGGUAAUUUUAUUUCCGGCGAUAAAUCAGUCCAAGAAAUAUAUCGGGUGUCUGGGAGAUAAAUUUCAGACAAGAUUCGUUCUCAGCUGCUGACCCUCGACUAUCCAUUCCAAGAUAAGGAAAGAUCUCGAUUCGAUCCAUACGAGCUUUCGUGAAAUCUUUACGCGGUUUACUAUGGUGCCUCACUUUUCUUUUAAGGGCUGAUGAAGGUCCCAGAUGCGUAAAGGUCGGUCCAAAUUGCGGUUUUCCAUUUUAAGGAGAAUGAUCUUUUACCGAAAAAAAAAAAAAACGUCCGAACGUCGAUUACUUCGACUUCUCAAGCUCCGGAUCAAUACGAGUGACCUACGUGUGUAAGCGAAGUUAGUCAAUAUUUUGAAUAAAACAAUUCACAAUUUAGACUGGCUUUUAGUUUUCAAGAGAUAAUAAUAACGACAAACAAAUUGAAAGAAAAAAAGUGGGCGAUAGGGAACUUGAAAGUGAAGAAAAAGUCGUCGAUAGAUUCCAGAGUUACGCGAACAUUCAUCGGAAAGGGAAAACGAAUUUGUAGAUCCAUUUGUUGAAAAAAAAGGUGAGAAAUUUUGAACGGUAGAAUUAACAAGACGAAAGAAAACUGUGCCGAAGCCGUACUGCAGGACGUUUGAUGAGGCUAAAUUGAAUUAUUAGCACAUUAGUAAAUUAUUUCGCUAACCGUCUGCCAUCUUCAUCGAGAUAUACAAAAUAUAUAAGAGAAAAAGAAUAUCAUCUUGAAUAAAUUCUAGGUAUUAUAUAAUUGUUUAUGGGAUUGAAUGAUCGUAAAUUUUAACGUAGAUGUACGAUGAUUAUAAUGUAGAUAGAAAAUAUAUAUAUAUUUCAAGUAAAUAUGCGUAGAUCAUGUUGAAUUAAAUAUUAAUAAUAAUUAAAAAUCAUCCAAGAUUACCUACUCGAACCUUCCUAUAAUGAAUCUUCUAUAAAACUCUCGCUUCAUCUUACACGUAUUACAAUUAUGAGACCCAAACAGAGAGAAAAAAGAAAAUUGGCAAAGAAAACUUUGUUACAUGUAUAUGAUGUUGUAUGUGUACAUGGUGUACCCCUACUGUAAAAAAAAAAAACACCGAUUUCGGCAAAGUAAUAAGAAAAAAAAAAAAUUGUUGUAACAAAGAGAAAUAAAUUCUAUUCGAAGCCCGAUGUGUUUAACGUGGUCAGCUCUUUGAUUAUACCGUGCGAUUCCGUUGAAAGUGGUUGCGAUCAACGCAUGCGUCGAAAUAUUCGAAUUUCUCGUUCUACGAGCGAACCCGAGCCGCGCUGAAGCCAGCGCAGCCACCGGCGUAGGCGCUUUGACGCGAGGUGUCACCCUGACAGCUGUAAAGCACAACAAGCCGCCUACGCCGGUGGCUGCGCUGGCUCCAGCGCAGCUCGGGUUCGCUCGUAGAACGAGAAAUUCGAAUUCGUUGAUCGCAACCCGUUUUACUAGAGUCGCACUGUAUACAUUAUAUACAUAUAAAUUACAAUGAUUUUAUACAAGAAUUGUUGGAUAAAAAUCAAACGAUAAAACAAAAACAAUUUAAUAAGCAAAAAUUCGAACGACGAUGUAGGAGAAAGAAAAAUAACAAAUGAAUACAUAGAAAUAACUUGUUUAGAGUAAUUUUUGUAUGAAAAAUUUUAGUUUAGUUUAGCGAUAAUUAUUAUUAGUUUAGCUCCGUGAAUCACGGGUUCUUUAUACUGAUAUUGUAUAAUUCUCGAAGUUUACGAGGUUCGGUGGGACUCCGUGGAAAUUGACUUACUUUAAAUACUUUUUAAACAUUUGACGAGUGGGUGUCUGGAGAAUUUCAUGCUCCUAAGCAACGAGAUUUUACGUAAUGCUUACAUGCUUAUAACUUCACUGACUCGACGUGAAUUCAAAGAGUCCGUAAAAAUUCGCGAACCUCCGUGGGGUCCGAUAAAUUUUUACGAGGACUUAAAACGGAAAGAUAAUGAAAACUACACGCGCGUGUAUGCGAAGAUCGAUAAAGAUCAUAAAUUAUCUCUUUUAUCACGGGCAGGACUCGAACCCCCCCCCACCCCUCGCCGCAUAUCUUAACCGAGUGCCAACGUACGGAAGUCAAUUUUUCCAUUAUUUUCGAAUUUAGAUAAAGUAAUCAAACUCAAAAAAUCUCACCGCAUUUAAAUGUGAUAUUCAUUGAUUCUCCCUGAUUUCAAUACCUUGAAAUACAUAUUUAUCGACCAAUCGGUUCGGGAGGGUAGAAAAUUUUUUUCUUAGAACGUUCAUUAAUUAUUAUCAGUCAUAACGAUGACCAUUCCUUCGUGGAAAAUUGUACCUAAUUGGACCAAAAAGUUUCUACGUACACAGUUAUUCCAAUAUAAAUAUUCAUUCAGUUGAAUUGUGUCGGUAUACGUGACAAUCUUUUGCAAAAUUUUUCAAAAUCCGGAUUUAAUGCACGUAGGAAUACCGAUUGACUUUCUUUCUUUUUUUUCCUUUUAUCAUUAGAUAAUGGAUACAAAUUUCAAGAGCUGACCACUGACCUUUUUGUACAUACUAUAUAUACUAUAUUGAACUUUUAACAUUUCUAUUAUACAUUCGAUCUAUCAAAUUUCUAGGUAUGCACUAUAUGAUAUAUGUAUAUAAUAUACACUCUAAAAUAUAAAAUAUACACGAUCUAUAUAAAUUAUACACGUAUUGUAUUCCUAUAUUCUUAAAAAUGUUCUCUCUUAUUAAAAAAAAACAAAGACAUGCAAGAAAAAAAACCUUAAAUAGCAUAAACGAUUAUAGAAUGGAUGUACCAUUAUCGUAAUUAUAUUAUACAAAAAUCUUACCUAUGGCUACCUGCAUACCUAAUCGAAUGAUAAACUAUCUCUUCUAGCCAUCCAAUUAAUAAACUGUUCUCACUAUUUCAAACUUCAAUCUCUCAAUGAUCGUCAUAUACCUAUACCAUAAAUGUACUAAUGUGUAAAGAGAAGAUAGGAAAAAAAAGAAGAAAAAUUUGAACAAGGAUCAAUGACUUGAAACGUUUAUCUUUGAGGGCCUACCUAUAAUGAAAUGGCAAUUGAAACGAAACAAAUAGGAAUAAAUAAUUAAAAAAAAUAUAAAUCACUAUAAAUCAAUAAAGGAGAUUACUGUCUUGGCGUUAGAAAAUGUGACGCCUAUUAACUACGUAAAAUUAUGUAACAGAGAAAAAAAAUGAAUGAAUAAACUAAACUAUUAUUAUAAACAAUGAGAUGAAAUGCACAUUCAUUUCUCACAUUAUAUGUAUGUUAUAUACCGUCUGAUAAUUAUACUAUAAUUAUAGUAACCGUUACCACGAUGAAUAAUUAGUUGUUUUCGAAUUGAAAAAUUUGUUGAUAAAACAAUCGGUUAAAAAAAUCUUAACGUCAUUCGCCACUUUUAUUAUCUAUUCCAUUCUUGCACGCCUCCGCCACGCGAAGCGGGGGAAGUUGGACUCUAUAUGUUUUUUUUUUUCAACAGCUUUUGAGUUGAUAUUAUAAAAGUAAAAUUGUCCUCUAAUCAAAAAGAUCGAAACAUAAUUUUCAUAGUUACAUUAAAAAAUAACGAUAAUAAUAAUAAUUAAAAUAAUAAUAACAACAAUAAUAUAUAAAUCGAGUUAUAGAAAAACUAACAUUUUAGUAAGUAAUAAAAAGUAUAAAAAAAGGAUGAUGUUCCGUACAAGACAACGAAUGAAAAAACCAAUUGCCAAAUAGUGAAAAUCAUUAUUGGAUAAAAAACAAAAACUUAAUGAGAGAAAAAAAUAUACAUACAUGUUUUAUAUUCACCGAGAAAUUACUUGGUGAUUUUAACUUUGAUCUUUAUCUUUUUUUCACCUAAUUUCCACCAACCUCCCUGACAAUGAGAUACCGGGUUUUGUUAGGGUACGAUCUAGAGUCAGUAAAGAUCGCUUCGGUAAAGCCAAAGACCGUUGGAAAAAAAAAAAAAACUAGAAAUUUUUGAACUACUGCAGGCAAAUGAUUAAAAAAAAAACAACCAAAAACCAAAAUUUUUUUCAAAUGUAACUCGACUCGUGCAUACUAAUUGUAUAAGUAUAUUAUUUUACUGUAAUUGGUUGUAAUUGAAAAUUGAAAGUGCAAAGUAUAGAUAUUAUACCAAAGUAAUCUAGUUGUAUAUGACAUUAAUUAAUGUGUUAUAAUUGUUAUGAACGUGUAACUAAUUACUGUAACAAGUAAAUGAAUUUACACCACUUCCGCUUCCAGUUGUCACAAAUAUAUACAUAUACAUAUUGAGCUUCUGUAAUUUAUUCGUUGUUGAUGUUACGGUGGUAAAUUGUCGUAUGCUUUUCAAAUGAAUGUACAAACAAAAAAUCUCUGAAAGAUUUUUCAAUGUAAUUUAACGAUGAGAAAAAAGAGAAGAAAUAUUUCAUCACAACGCAUACAUAUGCGCGCUCCUACGAUAAUAUCAUUUCGAUUGCGUAGUUUUAAUAAACCUCGUUGAAAUUUUUUCUCAACUUUUCAAUAAUUUCGACAUCGAUUAUCGAAUAGAAUUUUACACUCGAUAUACGCUCAUCCUGAGAGCUAUACCUGUGUAAGAAAAAAAAAAGAAUACCAUCCGCCCGUUGAUCAUUUCGUUUGAAUUUUGUUUCUCUUCUCACUUCCUAUGGGGGUCUCUUAUUAUCGGACUAGAUGCGAUCGAGCAAAAUGAGAGAAUAAUUUUUUACAUGCCAUACGGAAGCAGCGUAUGUAAUCCAAUGGCGAAAUCAUAAUAAUUAUGAAUAUAAAUACAUCCAUAUAUUUUGUAUAAAAUAAUAUUGUAGGCUGACGUGGCGCGCGAUUAAUAACCGAGAGCAAAACAAGAACGAAAGAAACAAAGAAGAUGAAAAAAACCUAUUAGCAGAUAAUCUGAGUAUGAUCCGACUCGUUUCGGAACGGCAACGGUAAUUCGAACUGGCAAGUAAUUUUAACGGUUUAGCAGAAACAAAUGGUUGAAAAUAAUCAUUUGACUAAUCAAAUGAUAAUUAAUUCGUUUGUUAAAUAUACAUAUAUAUAUAUAUAUAGCACGAGAAAAACAUUGCAAUACUUUUAUCUACACUACGAUAAUUUGCGGUGGCCUAAUUAACAAAUGAUGCAUGAUAAUUGAACGUAACUGAAUUUGACUAAAAACGCAAUUCAUGAUACGACGAUGCUUGGGAUAACCCUUAUAAUAUUGCGCGUCUAAUAUUUGAAGUUCGUAGACGCCAAAAAUUUCAUUUUAAUUGGAGGAGCUCGAUAAAGAAUAUCUGAUCGAAAUCAGGGUGCAAUAUAUAUAUUGGAAUUUUUCAUCGGAUUAGGUCACCGCGGGUGAUACGAUUAUUAUUCAAGUUUUUAAAAGAAAAAAAUAAAAGUAAAACUAAGAAAAAAAUUGUUCACUACUAAAUUGCAGUAUUGUCAUACCCUCUGCAGGGAAAUGGAAAGAUAAAGUAUGAUAAUGAAAUGCGAGAAAAAAAAUUUCAGAAAAUUACAAGAUCAAACUGUAAUUAAAAAUAGAAUGUUAAUUAUUUUAAUAAAAUUAAAGUGAAAUGCCAACGUUCGCUCGAGCCGCUUUGUUAUCAUAAAUGUUAUUGUUAUCGUUGCUUUAUUGAAAUACAUUUAAUGUGGUUAGAUAUACAUUAUACCUAGAUAUAUGUAUGAUAAGAAAUAAAAAUUACAAAAAUUAGAAAACGGAUGAAUAAAUAAUCAAAUGAAUGGAUAAAAAGAAAAUCAUACCAUCACCGUAUGUUGAAUAAAUAAAUUAUACAGAUAUUACAAAUGCACACGUGGUUCCGUGACAAAUUAACCUCGGACAAAACAACCCCGUCGAAAGACCCCCGACAAAAUAACCUGGACUCGAAUUAUAUGAUUCAAUUCAUUGAAAUGUAUCACGUUAUUGUAUCAUUCCGAUUAUUAUAUUUAUGGGAAACAAAAAUAAAAACAUUCAGCGUUAUUUAUUGGUUCUCACGUUAUGUCAUGAUAAUGUUACCGAUGUCCGGGUUGAGUUGAGGUUAUUUUGUCGGGGUGUUUCGUCCGAGGGCAACUAGUCGCGGCACCACGUACGUAUAUAUAUAUAUAUAUUCUUUACAUAUAAUGGAUAUACUAUGCAUAUACCGUGUACAUACAUGAAUACCUAUGUUGAAUUUAAGUUACACGCGAGCAAAGCACUAACUUAUAAAAUAUUAAAUUGUAAUGUCUGAGGGUCGUCCUAACGUGAGAGUUAUUCAAUUAAAUGUAGUUACUUGAAAAACUGAUAAAAAACCGAAAAUUA